GCGUAAGUUUUCGUCCCUCAACCGGAACCCGCCAGCCUGUGUGUUCUUGUUGCUUGGACGCAUUUCUAAUACUGGCAUUGGUUCCUGGGGUUAAUUUGUUUUCCCUCUUCCGACCGCAAGUUUGGCCCGAGUUUGUUUCUGUUGGCCUUGUGCCGCCCGCUUAACUCCUCCCAUUCCAUGCUCUCGAAGCUGGCUCCAGGCCUAGACACCUGACCUGCUUCGCCUCACCAUCUUAAAUCCUAGACAGGGCUGCCCAGCUUCUCCCGUGGAAAUCCGCCAAACAGACGUGCCUCAUAGUCGCCUAAUCGACAUUUCUACUGCGUCAAUUGGAGAACAGGACCAAGGCUGCAGAGGCAGCGAAGGGCGCUAGCCACAAUGGACCCUCCUCAGGCCGUUGACGAGAACAAGCAGCAAGGCGCUAUCGAUGCCGCUCGCGACCCCGAAAGCUCUGUCACUGCCGACGACGCCCAACGCGAGAUAGUCGAGAACAGUAAAGAGGCUGGAAUAGCGGCAUUCACAUUUAACCCUGAUGCCAGCACCGAGGAGAAGAAUGCUCAGGCCAGAGCCGCAAUCCCCACCGGUUUCCACCGAAGACCCAAGGGCGUGGCUAUUGCAACGGAUAUUGACGACGGUUCAAAGGCUGACAUCGACCUCCCCUCUCCCUCCAAGGCUGGCGCCGUCGAGGUCGCCAAGGGCGAAGAUGGGAAACCACUACCGAAUGGCCACGCGAGCGAAGGAGCUGUCAUGGGCGAGAUGACAGGCUGGGCGCCCCGGUUUGGCUGGCCUGCCGACGAGGAGGAGGAUUCGUCCCUGUUAGACCACACGACAUGGCUGGAAUCGCGUCUUUCUGACGCUUUCUUUGGGGACUGGUACCACAACGCGGGCGUGAUUUUCUUUGCCUGCAUCUCAUCCUGGCUCGUUGCCGUGCUCGGCGGCGGCCUUGGCUGGGUCUUCAUCGUCAUGGCGGUUUGCUCGACGUAUUAUCGGACCUCGAUCCGCAGGGUGCGCCAAAAUUUCAGAGACGAUAUCACCCGGGAGGUUGCCAUGAAGAAGCUCGAGACCGAUAAUGAAUCCGUGGAAUGGAUCAACUCGUUCCUGGUAAAAUUCUGGCCCAUCUACCAGCCAGUCCUUGCCCAGACUGUGAUCAACUCGGUCGACCAGGUUCUAAGCGGCGCCACCCCGGCGUUUUUGGACAGCCUAAAGCUCAAAACCUUUACCUUGGGCUCCAAGCCCCCGAGGAUGGAGCAUGUCAAGACAUAUCCCAAAGCCGACGACGACAUUGUCAUCAUGGAUUGGCUGUUCAGCUUCACGCCGAAUGAUACGGCGGAUAUGACCUCCCGCCAACUUAUCAACAAGGUCAACCCCAAGGUCAUCCUCGAGAUCCGAGUGGGCAAAGCCAUGAUUAGCAAGGGCCUCGAUGUGAUCGUGGAGAACAUGGCCUUUUCGGGUCUGAUGAGGCUUAAGAUCAAAUUGCAGAUCCCUUUUCCCCACGUGGAGAAGAUCGAGAUGUGCUUCCUCGAGCGGCCCUCGAUCGAUUACGUCUGCAAGCCUCUUGGAGGCGAAACCUUUGGCUUCGACAUUAAUUUCAUUCCCGGCCUUGAGAGCUUCAUCCAGGAGCAAAUACACGGCUCCUUGGCUCCCAUGAUGUACGCGCCUAAUGUAUUCCCCAUCGAGGUAGCCAAGAUGCUUGCCGGCACACCCGUAGAUCAAGCAAUCGGCGUCAUUGGCAUUACCAUUCAUGGUGCCCAGGGUCUGAAGAACUCCGAUAGUUUCUCUGGCACGCCUGACCCUUACGCUACAGUCUCCUUGAACGGGAGACAGACACUUGCGAAAACGAAGACGAUCAAGGAGAACGGGAGCCCCCGCUGGAACGAGACGCACUACAUUAUCGUCACUUCGUUCAACGAUGCUCUCCAAAUCGAGGUCUUUGACUACAACGAGUUCAGAAAGGACAAGAGACUUGGCAUGGCCACUUUCCCGCUUGAGAACGUUGAGGACCUAAAUGAAUACGAAAAUGAAAGACUUGAGCUCCACAAUGACGGCAAGGCAAAGGGCAUUAUUACCUGCGAUAUUCGCUUUUUCCCCGUUCUGGAGGCGGCAAAGACUCCGGAUGGGACGGUGGAGCCGCCUCCCGAGUCAAACACAGGUAUCCUUCGGUUCACCGUCGAGCAAGCCAAAGAGUUGGACAGUGGCAAGAGCAUGAUUGGCCUUCUCAAUCCCUACGCGACACUACUGCUCAACAGCAAGGAAAUCCAUGUCACCAAAAAGCUCAAGCGUACAAACAAUCCCGUCUGGGACAACGGCUCCAAAGAGAUGCUCAUCACUGACCGGAAAAACGCCAAGCUGGGGGUUGCCGUCAAAGACGACCGCGAUAUUGCUGGCGACCAACUUGUUGGAACUUACCAGAUCAAGCUUGACGAUAUUCUCGAUCUCAUGAGCAAGGGCCAGGACUGGUAUAACCUUAUUGGCGUCAAGACUGGGCGCGUAAAGAUGAUGGCUCAGUGGAAGCCCGUCGCUCUCACAGGCGUCGGUGCUGGCACUGGGGGGUACCAGACACCUGUCGGAGUCUUGCGAGUCCAUUUCCAAAAUGCCAAGCAAUUGCGCAAUUUUGAGGCUCUGGGCAAGUCGGAUCCAUAUGCUCGCGUCCUAAUGUCAGGCAUUGAGAAGGCUCGAACUGUCACAUUCAAGAACAACCUUAACCCAGAGUGGGACGAAGUGCUUUAUAUUCCCGUCCACUCGGGUAAGGAACGAUUGCAACUCGAGGUCAUGGAUGCGGAAAAUGUGGGCAGAGACCGAAGUCUCGGUCUAACGGAAAUCAUAUCUGGCGAUUUCAUGUCUCAGGGCGAAAAUGGAGAAUGGCUUGUCCGCGACGACAAGCUUCGCCGUUCAGAAGGCCUCCGCAUCCAUGGCAAAGGUGCUGCCAAGGGCAUGCUCAACUAUACGGUCGCCUUCUAUCCGUGCCUCAAUAUCGCCGAUCCCGCCGAGGAAGAGGAGAGGAAGAAGAAAGAAGAGGAGGAAAGGAAGAAGCACGAAAGACAGAAAGACAGCUUCUCGGAGCACAAAAAGUCGCUGGAUACUCCACGCUCGCCAGAGGCCGGAAAAUUCUCCACCACGCUUGGGAGCAAGGAAGUCGGGAAGCCGGCGCCUGCAAGGAAGGAAUCCAGCAGGCCUGUCACACCAUUGACACCUGCUACCCCGACCAGCACUGCACCAAGAAAGUCCCGAGAGGAUAGGGAGCCGCCAAAGCUCUACCUCACACCCCAAGAGUUGCUCAAGUACGAAUCCGGUCUUGUUAUUUUCAAGCUCAUGGAUGCGGAUUUGCCGAAGAGUGGAACUCGUAUUGAGGUUUUCGUCGACGAUAUGGCCUUCGCGUCUUACACUUCUUCUACGGCAAAGACCAAGACGCACAAGUUUGAUGAAUACGGCGACUGCUUCAUACGAGAGCUUGACUUCUCGAAACUUACCGUCAAAAUCUGCGAGCCGUCGGACAAGCAAGACGAAGCUGGCAAGCAGCACACUCUGGCCAAAUUGACUGGCCGCACGGUUGAUACUCUAAGGCAAUGCCUGAAUAACCCCACAACGCUACAGAUGAAAGAUGACCAGGGCAACGUCUACUCCAUCAAGAUCAGCUUGAAGUACGUUCCCGUCAAGAUGCAGCUGGACCCAAGCGAGAGUAUCAACAAUAUGGGCAACCUCCGAGUCGAUAUAUUAGAUGCUCAAGAUCUUCCAUCAGCCGACUCCAACGGCAAGAGUGAUCCAUUUGUCAAGUUUGAGCUCAACGGCGCCGAGGUCUUUAAAAGCAAAACGCAAAAGAAGACACUGCAUCCGGCUUGGAAUGAGUAUUUCGAGGUGCCGGUGCCAUCACGUACUGCGGCGAGAUUCAAGGCCACGGUGUAUGACUACGACUUUGCCGACAAGCCUGAUUUCUUAGGCGCCACCGAGAUCAACUUGACCCAGCUGGAUACUUUCCAGGCCAGGGAGUUCCGUUACAAGCUCGAUGGAAAGUCCGGGACCCUACGCUUGCGUCUUCUCUUCCGCCCGGAUUACGUCACGAGGAGCAAGCAGGGGACUUCAACUUUCUCCGGGACGUUUGCUGUGCCGGGCAAGAUUGUGACUGGCGCCGUAGGCGCGCCAAUCAAGGGAGGUGCGGCCGUUGUCGGGGCCGUUGGGCAUGGUGUGGGCAUGUUGAAGCGCGGCUUCCGUUCCAAUACCUCAAAGAAGGAUGAUGAUUCGGACACGGCCAGCUCAACUAAUAUUCCAAUAAUCACAACCAAUGGGCCGGAUCCGACCCCGGGCAUGGGCCUGAAGCGAUCCACCGGACUCGCAAUUCAGGACGGAGACAAAACCCCCCCAACCCCCGAAGGUAGAACUCCGGGUAUUGCGAAUGGUGGCUUUUUACAUCACUCUCGGACGAGGAGUGCGGGGGCGUCUUCAAUCCACAGCGCUAUCUUCGCCGGCGGUGCUACAGGGACAGCCACAUUCACGAUUGCCUCGGCGUCAGGAUUCCCGCCUUCUACCGACGUCUACGUUUCAGUGACGCAAAUGAAGGAUGGCAAGUCGAAGGUGGUGGGCAAGACAAAGCACCACAAGUCGGCCACAGGGACUGUCAGUUUUGACGAGACAUUCAAAGUCUCGUGCAGCCCCGACUCGCAGUUCAAGGUCGAGGCCAGAGAACACCACACGCUUAAGAGCGAUGACGUACUUGGAGAGAGUCUCUACUUUGUAGACGACACGAACACAGGCCAGGAGAAGCCAGUGAACGUCGGUAAUGGCACUGUCGUGAUCAAGAGCUCCUUCGCGCUGACGGAGAACUCCUUGACGCCCGAUAGCCCCAAAUCUGGCGGAGGCGUGCGGAGAAGUUUCUUGAGCAAGAGAGAGAGCAGGGUGCCAAGCCGGGAGACGACGCCAAUCCCUUGAAAUUCAUUCGUCUUCUAUUUCUCUUUUUCCUAGUUGUUUAUUUUAUUUUAUUUUAUUUU